CACGGAGGAGGAGAGAGUGCGCGCCAUCUGUUCCCGCCUCGUCACUGAACCCGCUGUCUCUCUCUCGUGUUUCCGUCUUGCGUCUGACCUUGCUUUAGCUAUUCUAAAGUCGGGUCAAGGAGAUCAGCGUUUGUUUUUAUUAUUUUUUUUUAAUUUUAGAGGCCUGUUUUUGUUUUGUUUCGUUUGGUGUUCCGGUUUAGUGGACAGCUGUUUUAUGUGUUUUGUCUCCUUUAUAGCCAUCUCCAUUAACACUUAUAUAAGUUCUCGGUGACACGAGAAGCCGUAUUGUGAGCCUGAAAUAGAACAACAUCCUGAAUACGUUGACAUUAUAUGACUUUGUGCAUAAAAACAGGUUACACAGUCGAGAGACAGAGACACCACAGGGUCGAGUAAUACCUUGAUGAGACCCUCCUGUCGCCGUGGAUAAUUAUCAUGUGAAGGUUGAGUUUAAGGUCAAGCCAAACGAGCGCAAUAAAUAGAAGAGAGAGAGAGAGAGAGGAAAACAAAGAUUAGGAACACCGUGAAAUAAAGGAAAGAUACAGAAGAAAAUAAAGAAAAAGAACGACAUGAAAUAAAUGGAAGAAGAGAGGAAAAUAAAGAUAAAGAACGCAAUAAAAUAAGAAGAGAAGGAGAGGAAACCAGAGAGAGAGAGAGAGAGAGAAAUAGAGAGUACGUCAUUACCCAGCCACACUAACCUUCGGGAACCCGUCGACCAUGUUCGUCACUCGAGGAUUACCCGUCAUCCUCGUGCUCGUUCUGCUCGCCAGCCUCGCCCUCGAAGCCGAUGCCGGACGCCGACGCCGCCUCAAGCGCCAACAUCGCUCCCACGACCACGAGGACAACCUCAGGAGGGCGCGGCGGAGGGAGCAGAGGAGGGCGCGGUGGCGGGCCCAGGCGGAAGAGGCGCAGGAGGGCCCGGCCAGUGCCAACGCCUCCGCCAUCCCCGCGACGCCGAUCAGGCAUCACGCCCCUGGCUCCGAGGGCAUCCGCGUAGGAGAGGCCGUGGACAGCCCGACGUGCCCCCCGCCGGCCACGCCCUUCCUGCCGGAGCUGUGCAGCGCCCCCGCCUGCCUUCACCACCAGCAGUGCCAGCAGGAGCACGGGAAGAAGGAGUGGGACCUCGCCUGCUGUUUCAACGGAUGCGUGCACACGUGCCUGCCGCCCGUUGGGAGCCCGCCCGUGAUCGACUGGCUGGAGGACACCGGGUCUCUCCUGCCCAUUCUUGAAGAGUCCGCCCCACCGGCCUUGCCCAUCCGAUAUGAGGACGAAGGCGGCGGCGGAGGAGGAGGAGCGUGGGCUGAGGGUGGCGCAGAGACCGUCCAUCUUCCCGGCGGCUGCACCAUCUCCGACGCGCAGUAUAGCCAGCUGCAAGACUUCAUGAAGACGCCGAGUAUUGAGAAUUGCAUGUGCAACAAAGGCGAGGUUGUCUGUGCUGUGAAGCUGUUCAAGACUUAGUACAGCACUGAGGUUUUUCUGCAAUUGUGCAAUAUUUCAAAAUUCUUUUUAUGUUGUAAGUUUUCAUUAUUGUCAUUAUUGGUAUUAUUUCCAUUAUCAGUAUUGGUUGUAGUUGUAUACUUCAUUAUUGUUAUUAUUGUUUUACUUCAUUAUUGAUAGAAUUAUUAUUGUCACUAUUAUGCUUAUUCUUAUUGAGAUUCUUAUUAAUUAAUAUAAAAUCCUUUAUAUACAUGAUGCUUGAUGGUUUACAAUUAUUUGGUUCUGUAAAGGUCACACUACUAUUAUUGUAUAUUUGAUGAAUAACCAAUGUUUGUUGGUAUAGAUGAAAAUCGAUAAUUCCAUAAGGCAAUAUAUACAAUCAUAAUUUACGCGAUAAUGUUAAAUCAAAAUAUUAAUUAGAUAUUUUUCAUUGUGGAAUGAUUUAUUCUGAUCUGUAUUUUUUAUUAUUUUUUUUUUUUAUCACAAUGCACACAUUUUAAUCCAGCGAUCUCUAUGCUUUACAUUGCCAUUCAACAAUAAGCAACGUACAGGAGAUUUUUUUCAUGUGUUAUUUAUGUUAUUUAUGAUAUUUAAAGACAAAACGAACAUACAAGUGUUUAUUAGUUGUUUGGCAUCUCUAACAACUACAUUUGUUUGCAUUUUUUUAAACUGCAUGUAUUGUUUAAAUUUUGUUUUCCUGUUUUAUUUAAAUUGAUGGAAUUAGAAUCACUGCCAUAGAACAUUUAUUUCACUCCAUUACAUUGCAAUCACCCAUGUUAUAUGUCACACAGAAAGCGUGACGUCAUAUGUACGUCAUCAAUUUCAUUUCCAUUGCCCUUUUGGCGGCCAUGCUGGUCUUAUGACGUCAUGGCUGUGCAGUGACGUCACUGCCAAAUUCUGUAACUUUAUCUUCUACGAUGAAUAUGCUGUGCGCUAUUAAUAUUACUCGUUAGCUUUACGCAGUUCUAAGUAGGUAUUUCAGUUAUCUGAUAUUUUUUCCGGUGAUAAUUAUAUGUUUGAGGCGAGGCGGAUGUCAUCGAAAACGAACAUGUUUAAAGAUAUUUCGAAUGUAAGUUGGUUUACAUUCGAGGAUCAGGAUUUAAGCUCUGAAUGAGCGACAUUCUUUAACUAGAAAAACAAGUUAUGUUGAUGUUUCUUUGUUUAAGCGUUGUGUCUUUUUUCUCUCUCUUUUUUUUUUUUUUUUUUUUUAUGGCACAACCUGAGUGUACCACAUUUGUGUAAUUUAUUAUUAUUAUCAUUCUCUCUCUCUCUCUCUCUCUCUCUCUCUCUCUCUCUUUCUCUUUAUCUCUCUCUCUCUCUCUCUCUCUCUCUCUCUCUUUCUCUCUCUCUCUCUCUUUUCUCCCUCCCCAUCUACUCUUCUCCUCCUAAUCCCAAUUUCCCCCCUCCUUCCUCCUCCCCCCCUACUCUUACCAACCUCCCCCCCCCUCCUUCCUCCCCUUCCCAUAUGCUCACAACAACAAACAGACGAGCCAAUAAAAAUGACAUGAGGCAACUAACAGUCAAAUUAAAAGAGAUAUAGGGCAGUAUAUAAUUACAACAUAAACUCGAAAACUGCAUUUCAACACUACGUUCACUUGCGUCACACAAGGGGGGAUGGGGGGAGGGGGGGGGGCAUGACGUAUGUUACUCGAGUUGCAUUCUGCAUUGUGUUCCAAAGACGAACAUGCGUCGAAAGCAAGACAGAGAUGCAGGACGUCUAGUAUUUCGAGUCCGGGUCAAUGGGGAAAGUUUAGGAGCCAUUGGAGUUAUAUGUUAUAUAUAUAUAUAUAUAUAUAUAUAUAUAUAUAUGUGUGUGUGUGUGUGUGUGUGUGUGUGUGUGUGUGUGUGUGUGUGUGUGUGUGUUCUCGCUGUUGAGUGUCAUUAUAGUGUCUUGGCAAAGGAAGAUGAUACAAACAGUUGUUUUUCAUCGGUUAGUUAUUAAAUCUCGACUUUAUGUGAAGGGGAAAUGAUCAAUAACAGAAGUGUAUAUUGGUAUAAAAUCACACUGAGGAGAAACAUCAAGGAGUCUGUUAUUUUGCCGUGUACUAGAAGGAAAACCAAGAUAAGUGACUGUUAAAGGGUACGUAAGCUUCACAAAAGACCUGUUGAUUUAACUACAUUUAAGUGAUAUAACACUGGCCUGUAGUAUUGAUUACAAAGACUGAAGGUGUUGAAGACACAUUAUCGCUUUUAAAGAAUAGUAGUUUGAGAGCGACUAGCCGAUUUUUUAUUUUUUUAUUUUUGCAAAGAGUGAAGAAAGAGCUCAUAUUAUCUAGCAAAAAAAAAAAAAAAAAUGCUAUAAUUGUCUUAGAGUUCUACUUUUAGAGGAUGUCUUUUCAUUAGCGUACUUUCAACAUUAUAACAAGUCACGUUGUCACAAACUGUCUGGAAAAAAUAGAAAAAGAGUGUGUAUACAUGCAGUUUUUGAAUGCCUGUUCCAGAACACGAUAGAAGACAAGGCUCACCAAGAUUCACAAAGUUGUUCACACAUCCUCUCAAUAUUUCAUACGACUAUAUAAACAUCCAUUAUUUAAAUAGUUCCCUCUUCACACAGUAGAUGGCCAUUACAGACGUGAACAUGUCCCUCACACAUGCGUCUUCUUUGAGCAAUAAGAGGAAUACUUCAAUUAAACACCUAAACACAACUAUUGGCUGAGCACUUUGGAAACAAGUAGUCUGUUGCACAGAUAAUCAGUUGAAAAUAAAGUAAAAAUCGACCAGAUAACGAUUAUCAUUUUAACGUAUCUUCAACGUCUACGAAGAUAUAAGUAUAAGACUUGGACAUCAUAAGCUGGAUUGAUCUUAUGAAACUAACAAAAGACCUGAGAAUGACUAAUAUCUCUAGGGCACUGGCAAAGUAGUUCUGCUGACCUUGGUUUAUACUGGAUGAAAUGUGCUUAUGGCCACAGUCAGACCCUACCCUCCGCACAGGUGUCCACACGUUUCACAGGUGUACAGAGCAGGUGAACACCAUAGUGGGUAAUUAUCAAUCCCUCUGAGAUAAGGGCAGAUGAAUCAUCACCCUUCAUGGUGUUUAUCUUUUCUGCACACACUUUAGACGAGGUGUACUGACGCCAGCGCGCGGGAUCGAUCCUUAACAUGUUUCGCCGGGCUCAACGUGAGACUAGGAGGAGAAAGGUCAUUGUGGCAGCAGUUGCUUAAGGUUGGGAAAUGUGAUCUUCACAAAUAUGCAUUUAUACUAAGACGUACAAAUACUGUAGAUACCCAAUGUGUUGUACACAUGUUGAAUUUUGUUUUUCUUUUCUUUUGCGUGGCAACAAUUACACUGAAGGUUAGAGAAGCAGUGCUCCCAACACUACAUGUGGGUACAAUUGUCACUGAGAUUCAUUAUAGCUGGAAUCAUCUAGUCAAUUUACAAGAGAGUAGGAUAUCCCUGACGGAAAGUAGCCCUGAAAAAGAAAUUUGAAAAAAAAAAAGGAAACAGGACUUGUAUAAUAUUUAAGAAUAUUAAUGACACACCAGAGGGGCAUUCCUUAAUUCGUAAUAUGGUGGGAACCCCUUCUGCAAGCGAUGAAGAACAGUUACGUUUUAUACCUUCAUAAGGGUCCAAUGGAGACAUCUAACGGCUUUAUCCAGAGCUGACACAAUAGGGGUGUUUAUGAAGCCUCAUGUGACACAAACCGGUACAAGUGGAAGCCCUUGUUCAAAAAUUAAAAGGUAAAGAAUCUCACAUUCAGAAACCUAUCAAACACAGGUCGCUUCAUCAUAUUUUGUCCACUUGUUAAUGCAUGAACUCUUGUGAGUGAAGGUUUUUAGAUUUAGUAACAUAGUAAAUUUAUUUGGGACUUUCAGGUUGCUGGACCUAAUACUGUAUUCACAGACUUAAUAUGAGGGUGAAAAGCGACUAUUGCAAAAGUUUUCUAUAUGCUAUAUCCCACGGUGCUGCCACCAGAAUGUGAGGUGUUAUUACACUAUGGUGGUUACAUCAUCCUGGGAAAUUGUGCAGUUAUUUGUAUUUAACUUUAGUGUAUGAAUGAGAAAUGCACUAAAGUGGGAUAGAGGACAAAUUAACAAAAGCCAAGCAAGUAAAAAGGAAGGUUUAGAUAUUGGUUUUCCCUCAGCAUCUUAGCAAACCAGCCUGACAGUGAGUUUGUCAAACGUGGAUAAACUAUUUUUCAUCCUCCAUAACUUUUCCCUCCCCUCCCCAUAGCUCUCUCAUUCUCUCUCUCUCUCUCUCUCUCUCUCUCUCUCUCUCUCUCUCUCUCUCUCUCUCUCUCUCUCUCACUCUCUCUUCCAGUAUUAUAAGUGUUUUGUACAGAAAGCAGUAUAGAUUAUAACACUGUUUCAAUAGGGUUGUAUAAUAUACAGUAUAUAUUUUCCUACCAAUAGUUAGGGUCUUUAAACUGUCAAAACAAGGUUGUUUUUUAUAUGUAACAAUGGAGUAUAUUGGUACUAUGAA